AUCGGUCAAGUUUUGCCAGAUGCAACGACAACGGCAUUUGAGUAUGAAGAUGAGGAUGGUGAUCGGAUUACUGUUAGAAGCGACGAAGAAAUGAAAGCCAUGCUGUCCUAUUAUUACUCCACUGUAAUGGAACAGCAAGUAAAUGGACAGUUAAUAGAGCCUCUACAGAUAUAUCCAAGAGCCUGCAAGCCUCCUGGGAAACGGAACAUACAUGGCCUGAAGGUAAAUACUCGAGCAGGGUCUGCUAAUAAUAGCAGUUCGGCCGUCUCGGAUUCCCUUCCAAGCAAUAGCUUAAAAAAGUCUUCUGCAGAGCUGAAGAAAAUACUUGCGAAUGGGCAGAUGAAUGAACAAGACAUACGGUAUCGAGACAUCCUCGGUCAUGGCAAUGGAGGCACAGUCUACAAGGCAUACCAUGUCCCUAGUGGAAAAAUACUAGCAGUAAAGGUCAUACCCUUAGAUAUAACACUGGAACUCCAGAAGCAGAUAAUGUCGGAGUUAGAAAUUCUUUAUAAGUGUGACUCAUCAUAUAUCAUAGGAUUUUAUGGUGCUUUUUUUGUAGAAAACAGAAUUUCGUUGUGUACAGAAUUCAUGGAUGGGGGUUCUUUGGAUGUUUAUAGAAAAAUUCCGGAACAUGUACUGGGAAGAAUAGCAGUAGCUGUUGUGAAAGGCCUUACCUAUUUAUGGAGUCUAAAGAUUCUGCACAGAGAUGUGAAGCCGUCUAAUAUGUUGGUGAACACGCGAGGCCAGGUGAAGCUGUGUGACUUUGGGGUUAGCACGCAGCUGGUGAAUUCUAUAGCCAAGACGUAUGUUGGAACAAAUGCUUAUAUGGCGCCUGAGCGGAUUUCAGGAGAGCAGUAUGGAAUUCAUUCGGACGUUUGGAGUCUAGGGAUUUCCUUCAUGGAGCUUGCUCUUGGGAGGUUUCCAUAUCCUCAGAUUCAGAAAAACCAGGGAUCUUUAAUGCCUCUCCAGUUAUUGCAGUGCAUUGUUGAUGAGGAAUCGCCCGUCCUUCCAGCCGGGGAGUUCUCUGAGCCAUUUGUACACUUCAUCACUCAAUGCAUGAAAAAGCAACCAAAGGAAAGGCCAGCGCCUGAAGAUCUAAUGGGCCACCCGUUCAUCGUGCAGUACAACGACGGGAACGCCGAAGUCGUGUCCAUGUGGGUGUGCAGGAUGCUGGAGGAGCGGCGAUCGACCCAAGGGCCGCAGUGA